AUGAAGUCAGAGUUCAGAUUGCAUGGGGAUUACAUGUUGGGAGGACUCUUUGAAGUGCACAGCUCAGUGAAUUAUGUGCCUCAUAACCGCCCUGUUUCCUUGGAGUGCAGCCUAUUGCAGUUCUUGCCACAAGGUUAUCAGAUGUUACAAGUGAUGAGGUUUGCUGUUGAGGAAAUUAACAACUCCACCUCCAUCUUGCCCGAUGUGUCUCUUGGCUAUGAGAUCUUUGACUAUUGUUCAGCUGUGGAGAAUCUUCCUUCAGCAUUUGACUUUCUCUCCAGAAAUGGAUCCAUUGCAAUUCAUGACGACUUUGAAAAUUUUCAACCUAAAGUGCUUUCAGUGUUCGGCCCGUAUGGAAGCACGCAAACCCUGACUGUUGCACCUCUGUUCAUGAUGGACCUUCUUGCAAUGGUAAAUUAUGGAUCGUCAACCUCAAUUUUAAGUGACAAAAUGGCGUUUCCUUCCUUUCUGCGGACAGUGUCCAGCAACAGAGAUCAAGUAGAGUUGAUCAUUCACAUUUUACAGAAGUUCUCGUGGACCUGGGUUGCUUUCAUUGGCUGCGAUGAUGAGUACAGUCAAGAUGCCACUAGCCUCUUCAUCGACGGUAUACAAAACACAAACAUCUGCAUGGCUUACCAAGAAGAACUCAGUGAUGAUUCCAACCACAGCACCACACUUCACAACAUAAAUAUGCUUCGUGUGAAUGUCAUCAUACUGUACACUGUGCAGAAAUACGCAAUUUCGUUCAUCGAAUCAGCCAUAAUUAACGGCAUACGAGACAAAGUGUGGAUUGGAAGUGAUGCCUGGUCUUUGAAUAAGGAACUUCCCUCUCAUGAAGGCAUUGGAACAAUUGGCACUAUCAUUGGAGUAACAGAAAAGGUAGUGAACAUACCUGGGUUGGCAGACUUUGUCUACAAGUCUCUGGCUCACAGUAAAGGCCAAGCCUGCGAGCAGGGACCACUCCCCGAGUUUGGGACUACCUGUAAUCAGGACUGUCAUAACUGCUCCUGUGCCAACCCUGCAGAUGUAAUUAGUGAAGAUCCUUCUUAUAACUUUGCCAUUUACUCUUCAGUUUAUAUUGUGGCUAAUGCAUUACACAGGGUCCUGCAGUGUGAUGCAAAACAUUGCAAUAAAACUGAGGUUUUUCCCUAUAAGCUUCUUGAAGAAAUAUGGAAGACAAAUUUUACUCUGCUUGACCAACAUAUAAUAUUUGAUAAAAAUGGAGAUUCACCAGCAAGGUUCAACAUAGUGUUAUGGACCCUGACCUCCUCUCCUUACAUUCAAAACAUCGGCUCAUAUAACACGGAUCCAUUUGAGUCUUUCAAUAUUAACAGCACCCUUAUUCACUGGUACACCAAUGGAACUGUUCCUGUGUCACGGUGCUCCGAGGAGUGCGAAAAGGGUCACAUCAGGAGACCGUAUGGAAUAUUUAAGUGCUGCUUUCAGUGUGAAAUCUGUCCAAAUGGAACCUAUGUUAAUGUCACAGCCGAUCCGACCAAUUGCAUCCCUUGCGAGGAGGACGAGUGGGCGGACCCAGGGAGCACGUCGUGUACAAAGCGCAGCGUGGAGUACCUGCUGUUGAGGGAACCCCCGUCCAUCUUGCUGUUGAUGUCGGUCAGCUUCCUGCUCGUCCUCUCCAUCGCCAUCGGCGUCCUCUUCGCUUUCAACUACAGCACCCCCGUGGUGAAGUCUGCCGGUGGGAGCAUGUGCUUCCUCAUGCUGGGCUGUCUGAGCGGGGCUGGCAGCAGUGUCUUUUUUUACAUCGGCAAACCGAAGCUGGUCACGUGCCUGAUGCGAAAUCCUCUGUUCAGCCUGCUGUACACGGUCUGCUUGUCUUGCCUCACGGUCCGCUCCUUCCAGAUUGUCUGCAUCUUCAAAAUGGCCGCCAAGUUGCCUAGAGCGUACGAGUGGUGGGUGAAGUACAGCGGGCAGUGGCUGUUCAUAGGGCUGGCCUCUGCCACACAGCUUGUUUUUUGUGGUCUCUUUUAUCCCAAGCCCUACAAUGACACGGUGUCAAUCAACACCCAAAUUAUUAUGACGUGCAGCUUAGGAAAUAUGCCUGCGAUGGGCGCAGGCGUUUUCUUUAUUGGUUUCCUCUGUGUUUCUUGCUUCACGUUCUCUUACAUGGGAACUGACCUCCCGAAAAACUACAACGAGGCCCGGUCUAUUACAUUUUGCAUGCUACUGUUUUGCACCGCCUGGGUGUCUUAUUUUACCCUGUACUUUAUUUACAAGGGAAAGUACCUGCUGGUUUUCAAUGCUCUCUCCAUGUUGACCAGUUCAUACAGCAUAGUUUUCACCUAUUUUGUCCCCAAGUCGUACAUCAUUGUUUUUCAGCCAGAGAAAAACACACAGGCCCACUUUCAGUCUAGCAUUCAGGACUACACCCAAAAGAUCAGCAGGAUGUAG